AUGAAGCUGGACGACAUUUUAAUACAACUAGGAGAAUUCGGAUUAUAUCAGAAGUAUUUGUAUUCCAUGAUAUGUUGGACUUCUGUUUACUGUGGUAUUUAUGCUUUGAUGUCCGUGAUAUUUCUCAACACACCUGAUCACAGAUGUAAAAUACCAGGCCUUCAGAAUGACACGUAUGGUAUAUACAAUGCCUAUCACGAGAACCUUGUUAACAACUACAUACCUCCUCCGUCGGAUGAUGCAACCGACGACUACGACCGGUGUCAUCUGUACUCGUUUGACUACAAUGACGUCAUGUUCGACAACUCCGGCAGACCAAUUAAUGCUUCUCUUGUUGAAUGUACAGACUGGGUAUAUAGUGACUCCGUGUUUAAAGAGACAUUUACCUCGAAGUUCAACAUAGUAUGUGGUGAAAAGCAUCUGACUUCAUUUAUCAAGUCCCUGUUCUUUGCCGGGAAACUCGUCGGUGCUAUUGUUUUCGGCAAUCUCUCAGAUGCAUUUGGACGUAAAACUGCAUUUUAUAUUGCACUGGUUUCGAUGUUCGGACUGACGUUCGGAAUGUCUUGGUCAUCCUCCUACAUAGUGUUCGGUGUCAUCCUAACCGCCAUUGGCGCCACGACACAGGGGGUCUUCCCAGUCGGAUUUGUCCUUGGUGUGGAGUUGGUCGGGCCAUCCAAACGACAGUAUGCUGGAAUAGUUAUAGACUUCUUCUUUUCUUUGGGUUUGAUGUUCCUGGCCGGUGUCAGCUACUUCGCCAGACAUUGGUUCUAUAUCAGUAUCAUUUGUUCAGCACCAGCUGCACUCUUCAUUCUCUACUGGUGGCUAAUUCCUGAAUCACCACGUUGGCUGAUAAGUAAGCAGAAAUACGAAGAGGCCAACACAGUUCUACAGAAGGCAGCUAAGAUCAACAAAGUGGUAAUAGAAAAGAAUCUGUUCGAGAAGGAGAUAGAAAACCGAAAAACUGAACCAGUCGGAAGGAUAUGGCAGCUUUUCUCUACCUGGGUCAUGUUAUUAAGGACGCUCGUCAUUAUGUUUAAUUGGUGCAUAGUAAGCAUGAUGUACUACGGACUGUCUUUAAAUGCUGGUAAUCUCGGAGGAGAUUUCUACUUGAACAUGUUUUUAUCGGGGCUGGUAGAAAUUCCAGCUAAUGCCAUGGCCCUACUUUUAGUGGAUCGCAUCGGCCGCCAAAAAGUCUACUGUUUGAGCAUGUUACUUGGCGGUUGUGCAUGUGCGUCGACAAUAAUUCCCAUUCUGAUCGAUGAAAUAGAAAACCAGGCUAUUAUCACAGCACUUGCCAUGAUUGGUAAGUUUGGAGCUACUGCAGCUUUCAGCACCAUCUACUUUUUUUCGGCGGAGUUAUUUCCAACUGUUGUUAGGAAUGCAGGGAUGGGUGCAAGUUCUUGCGCCGGAAGAAUAGGGGGAAUCGUUGCACCAUACAUAGCAGACUCAGUAAGAGGAAUGGUUGGUAAAGUGUUUCCAUUAGGGAUAUUUGGAUUGCUGGCCAUAACUGCGGGACUGUCAUCCUUAUAUUUACCAGAAACUCUGAACAAACCGCUACCAGAAACAAUUGAAGAUGGCAAACGGUUUGGAAAGUGUAAAAUCCCAGGCUUGGAGAACGAUACAUACGAUAUACAGAAUGCCAAUCACCAGGACCUUGUCAACAGCUACAUACCUCCCCCAUCGGGUGAUGGCACGCACGAAUAUGAUCAGUGCCACCUGUACUCAAUAGAUUACAAUGAUGUCAAGUUCGACAACUCCAGCAGACCAAUAUAUGCUUCUCUUUUCAACAUCGUCUGCUCGGAUACACAUCUUAUUCCAUUGGUUAAGUCAUUGUACAUUGUUGGGAAGUUCAUCGGAGCCGUUCUGUUUGGAAAUCUGUCUGAUGCAAUUGGACGUAAAACUACAUAUUGUGUCGCACUGAUGUCGAUGUUCGGACUAACGUUCGUAAUGUCCUGGUCCUCCUCCUACAUCAUGUAUGCUGUCAUUUUGACGGCCGUUGGUGCCGUGGCACAGGGAAUCAUUCCAGUCGGAAUGGUCCUUAGUAAGAUGUCUUCGGAAAUAUUAUAG